AGGCUCCUGACCCUCGCCCCGCCGGGUCACCAUGGCAACGGUCAUCUGCACUCGUUUCACCGAAGAGUAUCAGCUGUAUGAGGAGCUGGGCAAGGGAGCGUUUUCCAUCGUGCGCCGCUGCGUCAAGGUGCUGUCGGGUCAGGAGUACGCCGCCAAGAUCAUCAACACCAAGAAGCUCUCAGCCAGAGAUCACCAGAAGUUGGACCGUGAGGCUCGAAUCUGUCGCCUCCUGAAACACCCCAACAUCGUGAGGCUACAUGACAGCAUCUCCGAGGAGGCUCACCAUUACCUCAUCUUCGACCUGGUGACGGGUGGAGAGCUGUUUGAGGACAUUGUAGCCAGAGAAUAUUACAGUGAAGCUGACGCCAGUCACUGUAUCCAGCAGAUUCUGGAGGCGGUGCUUCACUGUCACCAGAUGGGCGUCGUCCACCGAGACCUGAAGCCAGAGAACCUGCUGCUGGCCUCCAAGUCCAAAGGAGCCGCCGUCAAGCUGGCCGACUUCGGCCUGGCCAUCGAGGUGGAGGGAGACCAGCAGGCGUGGUUCGGUUUUGCAGGGACUCCAGGUUAUUUGUCUCCAGAGGUUUUAAGGAAGGAUCCAUACGGCAAGGCAGUCGACCUCUGGGCCUGCGGUGUGAUUCUCUACAUCCUGCUGGUCGGCUAUCCUCCCUUCUGGGACGAAGAUCAGCAUCGACUCUACCAGCAGAUAAAGGCUGGAGCUUAUGAUUUUCCCUCUCCAGAAUGGGACACAGUGACUCCUGAAGCCAAAGAUCUCAUUAACAAGAUGUUGACCAUCAACCCCGCCAAACGCAUCACCGCCGCCGAGGCGCUCAAACACCCCUGGAUCUCUCAUCGCUCCACCGUGGCUUCCUGUAUGCACAGACAGGAGACGGUCGAAUGUCUGAAGAAGUUCAACGCCCGGCGGAAACUCAAGGGAGCCAUUUUGACCACCAUGCUGGCAACCAGAAAUUUCUCCGGAGGAAAGAGCGGCGGCAACAAGAAGGCAGACGGAGUCAAGGUAAGACCAUCAUCAUCAUCAUCAUCAUCAUCAUCAUCAGCCCCGCCCCCUGCCACGCCCCCUUCGGCUGUGGAGUCAUCUGAGAGCACCAACACCACCAUCGAGGACGAGGACACCAGGGUGAGGAAACAGGACAUCAUCAAGGUGACGGAGCAGCUGAUCGAGGCCAUCAGCAACGGAGACUUCGAGAGCUACACUAAAAUGUGUGACCCUGCGGUGACGGCGUUCGAGCCCGAGGCGUUGGGGAAUCUGGUCGAAGGCCUUGACUUCCACCGCUUCUACUUUGAAAACUUGUGGUCUAAGAACAGUAAACCGGUCCACACCACCAUCCUGAAUCCUCACAUCCACCUGGUGGGGGAAGAGGCCGCCUGCAUCGCUUACAUCAGAGUGACGCAGUACAUCGACGCCAACGGGACGCCCCGCACCGCCCAGUCGGAGGAGACCCGGGUGUGGCACCGCCGCGACGGGAAGUGGCAGAUCGUCCACUUUCACCGCUCGGGCUCCGCCUCCACGCUGAGCAAGUAA